AUGAAUAGUGAUCAGCGAAUGUCUGCAAAUAAAAAAACUGACCAAUUAGAUGAGUCAAAUAACAAACAACAGUUAGACGUUAUAAAAGACAAGUCUAAAUCAAUAACUACUGUAGAUAUUGUGGACAAAGAAGGUUCGUCUGUACGUAUGGUAGGUGGAAAGUUAAUUAAGACCUUUAAAGAACCCAAAACUUCAAAAAAAAAUAGAAAUGAUGUGUCGAAUUUAAGUAACAUUUCAUCUAGUGAUAUUUCAUCAAGUAAUAUUACAACUUCAACAUCGUUUUCAACAAACGAACAAACUUCAGUUUCAAGUUCAUUUGUAGAAAGUGAUCAAUUAAAUUUUAAAACUUCCGAAACCAUCUAUCAAUCAGCAGAUCGACCAGAUGAAACAAAACACAUAAAAGAACUAGAUACUAAUAAAGGAAAAUCUCAACCAAAUAAGUCUGUUGAAAAUGUCGACGAAGAAGGAUUAACAGCGCGUGUAGUUGGUGGAAAACUAAUCAAAACUUUUAACGAGCAAACACCAUCCAAUAAAAAUAAUUUUAAUGUUUCUAAAUCCAGCACUAUAUCAACUAGUGAUAUUUUGUCUGGUGAUAUUACAACUUCCACAUCCUUUAUUAGUAAUGAACAAUCAUCAUUAUCAAGUUCAUAUGUCGAAACUGACGAAUCAAAUUCAAAAGUAUCAAAUUCUAUACAUAAAAAAAUAGACCGAUCAGAUAAAUUAAAAAACAAGGAACAGCGAGAAGUCAAAAAUAAUAAAGAAAAAUCUGAACAAAUUAUUAAUAAUGUCAACGAAGAAGGAUUGAACGUUCGUAUGGUCGGUGGAAAAUUAAUUAAAACAUUCAAUGARCCAAAAACUACCAAGAAAAAUAGUUUAGAUGUUUCUAAAUCAAAUAAUAUUUCAUCUAGUGACAUUUCAUCUGGUGACUUCACAWCAUCAACKUCWUUUAWCWCGAAUGAGCAAUCUUCGUUUUCAAGUUCAUUUGAAGAAACUGAAAAAUCUGAUAUAAAAACAUCAAAUACAUCCAAGUCAGAAAAUAAGAAAACAGAUGAAAUAAAAAAUAAGAGACAGCUAGAGUCAAAGAAUGACAUUUCUAAACCAUUAACUGCCGUCGAUAUUGUCGACGAAGGAUUGUCUGUACGCAUGGUUGGUGGAAAACUUAUUAAAACCUUCAAAGAGCCWACACCGACAAAAAAAAUUAUUACUGAUGCGUCGAAAUCAAGUGAUAUUUCAACAUAUGAUAUUUCAUCUAGUGAUAUUACAUCAUCAACAUCGUAUAMUACAAAUGAACAAACUUCGGUAUCAAACUCAACUAGAGAAACUGAUCAGUCUAAUUUAGAAUCUUCCAAUUUUGUACAUAAGAAAGACAGAUCAGAUGAAACAAAUAAUAAGAAUAAUUUAAACUCCAAGAAAGAAAAAUCUAUAUCAAAUAAAUCUGUUGAAAAUGUAGAUGAAGAAGGAUUGUCAGUGCGCAUGGUUGGAGGAAAAUUAAUUAAGACUUUCAAACAGCCAACACCUUCAAAAAAAAAUAUUAAAGAAGUUUCAAAAUCAAGUAAUAAUAUAACUAGUGAUAUUUCUACAAAUGAUAUUACUAUGUCAACAUCAUCCAUCACUAAUGAACAAUCAUCAUUUUCAAGURCAUUAGRAAAAACUGACCAAUCAGAUAUAAAAACAUCAACGACAUCUAAGUCUGCAAAUAAAAAAAUUGACAAACCAGUUGAGUCAAAAAAUAAGAAACAGCCAUCCGUGAAUAAAGACAAAUCUAAACAAACAACUACUGUUAAUGCGGUCGACGAAGAAGGUUUGUCUGUACGCAUGGUUGGAGGGAAAUUAAUCAAAACUUUCAGUGACACUACACCUUCAAAAAAAAAUUCUACUGAUUUUGACCGCGUUGAAAGACCUACUUUACAGAGACUCAAUACAGAACUUACUUUAAACGAAGGGAAAAUUGAAAAUACUACGGCCUACAGGUCGGAGUUUGAGGAAAAACAUGCAGAACGUCAAGUCCGGUAUAAAAAGGAAGACCAACUUCACCUUGAAGGUGAAUAUUCCCCACAGAGAAAACAAGAGUAUACGGGACUUCCUGGCGAUCGUUAUUUAUCGCGUAAGCCUAAAGAUAACCUAAAACCUGAAGGUGAUUUUGAAAGACCAACUCGUGAAAAAGUGACACCAGCAGAACGACCGAAACCAAUAAAACCUAGUGAUAAUUUGAWACCAGAAGGUGACUUCGAAAGACCACAACCAUUGAAGUACGGGCCCGGUGAGAGAGCCCCAAUUGUCAAACACCCGGACAAUUUAAAACCGGAAGGUGAUUUUGAAAGACCUACUCGUGAAAAAGUAACACUCGCAGAACGACCGAAACCAAUAAAACCUAACGAUAAUUUGAAGCCAGAGGGUGACUUUGAAAGACCACAACCAUCGAAGUACGGGCCUGGCGAGAGAGCACCAAUUGUCAAACAUCCAGAUAAUUUGAAACCAGAAGGUGAUUUCGAGCGACCAAAACCCACCAAAGUACAACCUGCAGAUCGACAAAAACCAAUUAGGCCAAUAGACAAUUUACGACCAGAAGGUGAAUUUGAUAGGCCUGUACCAUCAAAAUAUGGACCAGGUGAUCGAGCACCGAUAGUUAAGCAUCCGGAUAACCUUAAGCCUGAAGGAGACUUUGAUAGGCCCAAACCUGAUAAAUAUGCACCUGGCGAUCGAGCGCCCAUUGUAAAACAUCCCGAUAAUUUAAAACCAGAAGGAGAUUUUGAUAGACCAGAACAGCUCCAAGAACCAAAAAGAGGAGAGAGAGCACCAAUUAAAAAACCUGUUGAUAAUUUAUAUCCAGAAGGUGAAUUCUAUGGAGAAAGAACAGUAACAAAAAUCGUAAAAGGAGAAAGAGCUGAUAUCCGAAGACAUGAAGACCAACUUGUAAUUGGUGGAGAAUUUACAGAUAUCACCACACAAAGAAUGGAGUUUACAGGAGAAACCACUGAACGACCAAAAAUGAUACGUAGAAAUACAUGGACGAAACUGGAAGGAGAUAUUUUGGUAAUACCAAAAAAUAUAGAAGAUUACCCUGAGCGCCCGGUUAUCCGAAGUGAAAAAGGAAAAAAAAAAACAGAUACAUUAAAUAUAACAACAGGAGAAUUUUAUUCAAAUACGUCGUCUCAAGAAUCAUACCAACGACAUGAUAUGCAAAAAACAGAGAUCAUAAAAAAACGAACAGAYAAUUUAAUAUGUGAAGGAGAAAUGUCUUUUGAAACGUCUCGAAUGGCUGAUUAUUCAGCGAAAACAGUUGAGUUAGAAAAACCGGUUAGGCGACGUACGUGGACUAAGCAAGAUGGAGAAAUAUACUUCCAAACUACUACUUCAGAAGUUUUCAAACAUCAUAACGAAACUAAUAUGCGAAAUAUCAUGAAAAAACAMGAGGAUAAUUUAACUAUUGAAGGAAAAUUUGAUGACAGAACACAUUCUAAGGAACAAUUUAAAAAUGUACAGACAGAGAGACUAAUACAAAAAAAACCAAAAGACAACUUAAAACCGGAAGGUGAAUUUGAUAGACCACAAAAAGAAAAGUAUAAGCCAUCUGAGAGACCUAAACAAAUAAAACCCACAGACAACUUAAAACCGGAAGGAAAGUUUGAACGUCCGAAACAAAAAGAUUAUAAAACAGGAGAAAGGCCAAAACAAAUAAAACCACAAGAUAAUCUUAAACCAGAAGGAGAUUUUGAAAGACCAAUAGAAGAAAGGUACAAGCCCAGUGAAAGGCCAUCACCAUUUAAACCAAGUGAUAAUUUAAAACCAGAAGGAGACUUUGAACGACCCAAAAAUAAAAAGUAUGAAACAAGUGAGCGUCCUACUCCAUUUAAACCAAGUGAUAAUUUGAAACCUGAAGGUGAAUUUGAAAAACGUAUACCACAGAAGGUCGGAACAGGUGAUCGUGCACCAAUUGUAAAGCCAAAAGACAAUUUACACCCAGAAGGUGAAUUCCAACGACCUGAACCUGAAGAAUUCAAACCAUCCGAAAGACCUAAACAAGUCAAACCACAAGACAACUUGUUUCCGGAAGGUAAUUUUGAACGCCCCGAAUAUCCUGAAUAUUCUCCGUCUGAAAGACCUAAGCAAUUU